CCCGGUACCAUCUCGGGUGAGGGAGAGCGGGCGCCUCGCCGAAGUUACCUUAAUUAUUUGUCACGGGUAGUCUGGAGGCUUUUAAUGGCGCUAGACAGCACUUCAAGUUUCAUUUAAGGCCUCCCUGUCCUCUAGGUGCUGGUGAGAUUCCCGUCCUUCCACAAACCUGUCUGCUCCACAGGGCCUUCCCGAAGUGUCGGGCCUGACCUUGGAGGAGGUUCUGAGAGAGAAAGAAUAUUCAGAGUCGCUUAGUGAUCUCCACCAGAGAGGAGGCUCAGUGUGACAGAACAGCAGCAUGAGCGAGGGUGCCGGUGGCAGAGGCUGCAGCGAGGCCGGUUCCCUGCACACGGAUCUUUCCAGCCUGGUGACCUGGGCACACACCCACGGGACGAUAUGCAGUCACAUCCCAGCCUUGGAAAUCCUGCAGAACACGGGCCACCCCAGCAAGGACAACUCCAUCCUGUGGAUAUGCGGGGUUGGACAUGCCUAUCACUGGCAGUGUGGGAAGCUGUACUUCAGAAGCAGAGAAGAGAUUAAAGGUUUGGAAAAGAAUAAGAGGUUCAUGUCUUCUGAGGGCUCAUCAAGAGAAACUGGUUCAGAUGGAAAGAGGUUCAGGAUGACCCCGUCUUUUGAGAGGACCAAAGCAGAUGCUGUUACCACAGGGUCAUCUUGGAGAUCUCCAGGGGUCCCUCAGCAGAAAGACAACACGAUCUACAGAACACUUACUGAGGCAUCACCCAGAGAAAAAGGAGAAGACAGCAAAUCCAUGAGAUCAUGCUUUGCAGCAGAGCAGCAUUUCUCAGUGUCUGGUGGUGAAAGCAAACCUGACAGACCAAAGGUGAAGCUGGAAAGCAGCGAAGAUCCACAGAUCAUCUCUGAUGAAGAGCAGAGCAUUUCAGAUGAAGACAACCAUGGAGAUGGGAGUGUUCUGUCAGAAACACCAGUUAAAGGUGUAGCUGCUGACGCCGAUUUGCACGUGCACUGCAGUCAAAAGAUGGCAUUUAACAAGCCGACAGCCAUCCAAACAUCUGGCUUUGCCCCCCCAGGGAAGCCCCCUCCUACUCUUGCCUGCAUUUUGAAAUCCACCCUCAGCAGCCAAGAGAGCCUGGAGAGCGGCUUCUUGCAGGUGGGUCCUCUAAAUCCUGCCGGGCCCAUCACCGAAACUUCCAGAGCAAGAAAGUCCUCUGGCUCAGCAGCACCAAAGGAACAUUUAAAAUCUGCUCUUGUCACCAACAGUGAAGCAAAGGUCCAACAUGAGUCACCCACCUCUGUGACAUUCUUUGAGUUAGAAGCCACCAUAGGUGUCCAGCAGCAGCUCCAGCUGAGCCCUCCUGAGCACGGCACGGCAGGAACCAGCUUCAGUGGGAACAUCACCAAAGCCCCUGUCGAGGGGGGCGAACCCUCAGGGUCCAGGCACACGCCUCCCCUUCCAGCCUUCCUGAGCCCCGAGAGCAGCAGCACAGAGCACCCAUCCCAGCCUUCACAUGAAAACAGGUUGGAGAAGACUAGAAAACGUAACAGGGGCGAUAUCAAGGUUUUCAAAGACUGGCUGGUUCUGCACUGCCCCUCGGAAACGCGCGAGAUCCAUAACCUGCCCCCUGAAGACCUGGAUAAUUACCUGGCCUCGUUCUACAGCUCUGCCAAGCGACGCAACGGCACCGAGUUCUCCGCCAGUUCCCUCCACUUCUACCAGAGCAACAUCGAGAGGUACCUGCGGGAUCACGGCUACGAGCACAGCGUGGCCAAGGGGCUGGAAUUCAGAGCCUCGCAGGAGGCCUUGAAACUAAAGCAGCAGCAUCUGUCCCAGAGAGAGAGAGAGGAGGAGUGGAGCAUUUUGGAGAGUCUGACAGAUGAAGACAUGGAAAGGCUUCAUAAGAAGGGAAUCUUCAGUAAGAUACACCCCCAGGGCUUCCUGCACCUCCUGUUCACCAACACCAUCAGGGGUUUCGGGGCAAGCACCCACAGCGGGAGCCCCCGUCUGUACUGGGGUCAGCUGGUGCUGAGGGAGGAGGGGGAGCUGGAGUUCCUGGAGUGGAGGCAGGACCCGGGGGCAGGUGAGGGGCCGCCGGGGCCCCGAAUCUUUGCCAGGCCCCAGAGCCCCGAGAGCUGCCCGGUGGCCCAUUACAAGGAGUAUGCCAAGAAGCGGCCCCUGGACAUGCUCCACGACUACGACCCGCUCUAUCUCGCCCCCAAGCCCCUCUGCUCCCUCUGGGACCAGACCUGGUACAGCAGGAAGGCUCUCACCAAGGCCAAAAUGGAAAAGAUCAUGAAAGUUAUUAUCCAGCAAGUCAAAGAGCCCACGAAGAAGCCCAAGGAAUAAAGGUGUCUGUUCAGUCCCUGCUGUACCGCGUUUGUCGGGAGCCUGUUCCCCAGCAGCCCUGGGAAGGC